AUGAAGUGCUCUGUUCUCGUGGUCGCAUUCCUUCUGGUUACUGUAUCUACCGUAAUCAUCAGACAAGUCGACGGACAGCGAAGACUUCCAUCAGUUGGUGGAAACAACUAUUAUGAGUGGUUGAUGCGCGCCCAACACGGCGGUCUCGGCUCCCAGAAUCCGAUCGUCUCGUCUCGUUCCCCAAAACUCGACCGUAACUGUUUCUUCUCGCCAGUCCAGUGUAUGUUCGACACCUCGUCGACCGAUAAUUUAAAUUCUUUUCGUCGUUAA